GCCUGUUAUAUUAACUUGUAUAGGACAUCGUUCCCAGUAUAUUUGAUUGAGUAUAUUUUCCAAACAUGCAUAUACUUUGUCUAGUUUGUUUUCUGAUGUCUCCCCAAUAUCUAAAAUACCUGACAUAGAGUAGGCACUCACUGAAUGCUUGUUAAAUGUUGAAUGAAUACACACAUAUUGCCUUCUGAGAACAAAUUUAUGUGUUAACCUAAGGAUAACACUAAGGAAGAAUAUGCACAUCAGAAAUCCCUCUGAUCUGUUUCUGAGUCAUUGUGAUUUCCCAGUGUAUUAUUUUGUAAAUUAUUAGGGCAUUCUGAUUAGCCCUUAACUGCACAGUCCAGGAGUAGUUUGUUCCAUUAGGAAAACAAGAGAGAAAGAUCCUGGAGGAUUUGGUAACUGUCAGGUUCUUUAUUAGAAAAAUAGAGGUUUGUGCCACUGAUUCUAAUUCAAGGAAACUGAAGCCUUUUUAUAAUACUACAAGAUUAAUAGAUCAGGUAUUAGAAAGUGGCACAAUACUAAUUUUCUAUAAAUUAGUCAUUUUAUCUCUAUUACUAUAAAAAAAAUCUAAUGGGAAAGGCACUUGAUUAAAAUCCUGGCCUCACUACUGACUACAUAUGUGAUUAUAAGAAAGUUUUUAAAUCUCUCUAACCCUCAAUCUCUAGUAAAAAUGAAACAGUGUACCUUACAAAGUAUAUGUACAAUCCUUUACUAAUGAAAAUACAAGAUCGAUUACUAUAACAAAUGCUCAAGAAUGCAGUGACUCUCACAAAUAGAGGUCUGUUUCUUCUUACCUAACAACCCAUGAAUGGAAUAACACCUUUUCGGAAACUCAGGCUACUCCAUCUUGUUGCUUAGCCACCUCUGAUCUGCAUUCCUUUUUUUGUCUCCCCACAUGUUCAACUCACCCUCACUUCCAUGUUCCAGGUCACAGGAAGGAGGAACUCUGAAGGAAACACAUCUUUCCUUCCAAGGGUGUGACCCAGAAGUUAUCAGUUCCACUUACAUCUCAUUGGGCACAACCUAGUCAUGUGGCCCCAGCUAACUGCAAUGUAAGCUGGGAAAUGUUUUCUUUAGCUGGGAAGCAAUUCGGCCAAACUAGUAUUUUGAUGUUGUGGAGACUGAUGAGAAAAUUAGUAGAGCCUGCCAUAAGCACUUGGAGUAGUGCCUUACGUGGAAUGAAUGCUCUCCGAAUGAUAUUCUCUUUAACUCAUCUGAAAGAGGAUGAGAAUAAAAGGAUAAGGCAGUACAUGCCACACUACUACCCUUCCUGCUCUUGUGCGCACACCUACCCUGAUGAUGCAGCCUUCACUGGAUAUCAAACCGUUUAUGUCGUUUCCAGUGGACAGUAAUUCUGCUGUUGGGCUCUUUCCAAAUUUUAACACAAAAAGAAGAGGCUUAUUUGGGACCAAUAAAUUCUGCCAGAUGGAUCCUGUGCAAAAAGCAGUCAUUAACCACACAUUUGGAGUGUCCAUUCCCCCAAAGAAGAAACAAGUUAUUUCUUGUAAUGUCUGUCAGCUUCGCUUUAACUCGGAUAGCCAGGCCGAGGCCCACUACAAAGGAAGUAAACAUGCCAAGAAGGUCAAAGCACUAGAGGCAACGAAAAAUAAACCCAAAAUGGUUUCUUCCAAGGACAGCGCAAAGGCUAAUCCCAGCUGCUCCAUCACUCCAAUCACAGGCAACAACUCUGACAAAUCAGAAGAAAAAGGGAAGUUAAAAGUCAGCAUUUCCAAUCAAGUAUCAAGUUCUGAAGGUGGCUCCUUUCUUCUCAAACCUGGCACCACACCCCUGCCACCUGGAGGAGCCACUUCUCCCUCCAAGAGCACCAAUGGAGCGCCUGGUACUGUUUCUGAAUCAGAAGAAGAAAAAGCCAAAAAAUUGCUUUAUUGUUCACUAUGCAAAGUGGCUGUGAACUCCCUGUCACAGCUAGAGGCACACAACACAGGAUCUAAACACAAGACUAUGGUUGAAGCUCGUAAUGGGGCUGGCCCAAUUAAGUCCUAUCCAAGACCUGGAUCAAGAUUAAAGAUGCAGAAUGGCAGUAAGGGGUCAGGACUACAGAACAAGACAUUUCAUUGUGAAAUCUGUGAUGUCCACGUUAAUUCAGAAAUUCAACUCAAACAGCACAUUUCUAGCCGAAGGCAUAAGGAUCGAGUUGCUGGGAAGCCAUUAAAGCCGAAAUACAGCCCUUACAACAAACUCCAGCGAAGCCCAAGCAUUUUAGCAGCCAAACUUGCAUUCCAGAAGGACAUGAUGAAGCCCCUGGCCCCGGCCUUCCUGUCCUCGCCCCUGGCGGCGGCCGCCGUGUCCUCCGCGCUGUCUCUGCCUCCGCGGCCGUCGGCCUCGCUCUUCCAGGCCGCAGCCAUCCCGCCCGCUCUGCUGAGGCCGGGCCACGGCCCCAUCCGCGCGACGCCCGCCUCCAUCCUCUUCGCCCCGUACUGAGGUUCCGCAAGCCCCCGGACGGUUGAGGCGGUCAGGAAAGCCAAAAGGAUUCGGCAGUUGGAGCGUUUUCGGUGGCAGUGCGGCACCCCGCUGCACACAGCAGGCCUCCAUGAGCCCUGACUCCAAAGAGUAAGUCCCUGAGAUUCGACAGUGUUUGCGGGGGGGCGCUCCUGUAAUUUCGGAAUCUGAGCAGCACAAGCUUUGUCUCCCUCUUUCCUCCCCCUGCCCUCAUCCAUUCAGUUUGUGUACCUGAAAUACUGAGUUUCUUGCAAAUGUGUUUGUCAGAAAAAAAUAUAUAUGUGCAUAUAUAUCAUUCUCUGACGAUUUUUCCAUGGGUGUGAUCUGGCUUAGAAACAAUAUGGAAUAUUUUCCUGACAGACUUGAAAAACUAGGGUCUUCCUCACACGUCUGUAAAUAAUCCUGGAAUCCAACUGGGCACAUUCUAGUGUGGAACAAAAUAGAUGAACACAAGUGCUUGCUUGUGGCUCCCAUCUGACCGGCGCAUCACCGCGUUUUCCUUCUGGUGUACCCUUGUUGACAGGGAUCGUGUACUGUUUUAGACCCAAGUGCUGUAGUAUCCUGUGUAGUACUAGACCUGUAUUUCUUGUCUGACUUAAACAUUUUUAGUUGCUGUGUAAAUGUUAGGAAGCAAAGUAGCUUUGAAUUUUCUCUUUGAGAGAACAAAAGAUAAAAUAAUGUAUUUUCUUUGUUUUACAUUUUAUUUGGUGAUAUUUAAACAAAAUAGAAAGCCAUAUAACAUAGCUCUGAUUACUACCUGUCUGCUAUUUUUGUUUAACUUAUUUUGGAGCUUCCUCACCAGUUUUGAGUUGCUAAGCAAAUGUAUACAAACAGAAAAAGAGCUUCCUAAAUUGCACAUUUUUGCACCUCUUGUGCACUCUGCAAGAAGACAAUGAAUCUAUGUAUUUCUAUGUCAUUAUCUUCUUCAUUUUUAACCUGUUUUCAUUUGUAAUGAUGCUACAUAAUUUUGUGGCUCCCUAAUGCAAUAAUGUACAGAAGAUAAAAAAAAAAUUUAUAAUUGAACAAUCUGUCUUUCUGUUCACUGAAAUCUGUUGCAGGUCAUGUUCCCAUGCCCCCGUUUCUAAGCUGAUAUCAACAAGACUGGAAUGUUUGUGAUAUCAGGGGCAAGAGGUAUAAGACAGCAAAAUAGGAGGAACUCUUUUAGAGCAUCUUUAUCUGCAAUCUGUAAAUGGUAAAAUGUCUGUGUAUUUUUUUAAAUGUACCUUUUCAAUAAAAGUACAAAAAAUAAAA